AUGAAUCGUUUUAUUUUGUCAGCAAUUUUGCUGACAAUUUCAGCAGUUUCUGCUCAACAAGAAAAUGAUUUAGUGAAGAAUUUGCCAGGAUUGUUGUUCGAAGUCAAUUUCAAGACAUAUUCUGGUUUCGUCGAUGCAAAUGCCAAUGGAACAUGGAAAAUGCAUUACACGUACGUGUUUUUCAAUUUUUAAUUUAAAUAUUAUUUUUUUUGAAAAUUUCCACCAAAUCCUUCGUAAAUUUAGUUUGGAUUGACAAGUUCAAAAUAUGCUCUAGUCACUUCUCCAAUAUAAUUUUGAUGUGAAAUAUUCGACUUGUAAUGUAUAACUUGAGAUAUUUGCACUAUGAGCAUUAAAAAUUAUCAAUGUCUUUUGAAAACCGCCAUUUAUCUUUAUUUUCUAAAAUAAGUGCGAAUUUACUCGUAAAAUGCCUAUGUAAAAUUUUCGAAAACCGAUUUUAAACGUAAAAAUUGCUGAUAACCAAUUUUAUUACAUCAGAAAAUAGAUAAUGUUUAUAGGUUGACCGAAUCGAGAUCGAAUCCAGAUGCUGACCCACUUCUUGUUUGGUUUAAUGGUGGUCCUGGAUGUUCUUCUCUUGGUGGACUUUUUGAGGAACUUGGACCAUUUUAUGUAAAUUACGACGGAGAAACCUUGUAUGAAAACCCGUAUGCAUGGAAUGCAAAAGCAAAUGUUUUAUACUUAGAGUCACCAAUUGGUGUUGGAUUUUCAUAUGAUACAACAACUCCAAAUUAUUUUCAAGCAAAUGAUGAUCAAACUGCAGGGCAAAAUUUUCUCGCACUUACCAAUUUCUUCACUGUUGCUCAACCAAAAUAUGCAAACAGAACCUUUUUCUUGUCUGGAGAAUCUUACGCCGGAAUUUAUAUUCCAAUGUUAACUGAUUUAUUGACAACCGCUAUAAACAACAAUUCUUUCCCAAACCCUAAUUUUGCUGGAUCUGCUAUCGGUAAUGGAUUUAUGAAUGUUGCUGGACUUUUGAAUGCUCUUGUUUUGUGGAGUGGAUAUCACGGAAGAAUCUCUAUUCAGUGAGUAUUUUAAUUUUUUUAAAAUCAUAAAUAUGGGAAUUCAGAGAUUGGGAACAAAUCAAAACGCAAUGUGUCAAAGGAGCCGAUAUCGACUAUUUCGAUUUCUCGGUAUUUUUUCGAAUCUCAAUUUUAAAUAUUUUUUAAUUUCAGCAAUUUACUAACGCUUCAAACAAAAUUGAUUUUGCUGGAGAUGGUUCUGUCUGUGGAAAUCUCAUUGAUCCCCUCAUUUCACAAAACGCUUUCGGAGAUGGAGGGUAAUUUAUGAAAUUUUUUGCUGUUUACAAUUUUAUUUUUCAGAUUUGAUCAAUACAACUUUUAUCAAGAAUGUUAUGAUGUCUCGAGUUUCCAAGCUCCAGCUCCAACACCAGCUCCAGGAAAAAGAACAAAAAGAGCAAGUCAUUUCAAUGGUCAAUCAUCGAUCAAAAAGAAUUUGAGAAAACCAAAUAAUCUUGCAUUUACUGGCACAUCAAAUCUCAAUGCAAAUACCGCUGCUUUGAUUAAUCGAUAUUCAAAUGAUAACAAUUGGGGAUAUUUCUGUUGGAACGAAGAUGCUGUCGGAAAAUAUUUGAAUACUGAUGCUGUUCAAACUGCUCUUAAUAUUCCACAAGCUUGGAAAGAUCAGAAAAAUACAUGGCAAGAUUGUAGAGAUUCGAUUUACAAUAACUAUGUUUUGACAUAUAAUACAACUAAUCAAUUUUUCAAAAACAUUAUUACAAAUGUCAAAACUGAUUUCCGUUUCUUGAUUUAUAACGGUGAUGUUGAUACUGUUUGCAACUAUCUCGGAGACGCUUAUCACAUCAAAAAGGUUGCCGAAGAAAAUAAUCUUACGGUAAUAAUCACUUAUUUAUGAUCGUAAAUGUUUUAAUUCUCACCGAUUACAGACAAACAGCAGAACUCCUUGGUUCUAUAGUGAUAAUAGACAACUUGCUGGAUAUGUUCAAACAUACACUGGUCAAAACGCAAACAAUGCAACAAUCACAAUUGAUGUUCUUACUGUAAAAGGAGCUGGGCAUAUGGUUCCAUUUGAUCGUGCUGGACCAUCUGUUCAGAUGAUUACCAACUUUAUCUUUGCCGCUUCGAAAGGAAAUGUCAAUUACACCGACAAUUCGAACUUUGAUACAAACAUCAAGUUGUCACCAUUGGUCACUGGUUCAAGUUCGACCAAUUUUACAAUGUUUAUUUUAGCGAUCGUUGCUCUCUUUGCUUUCUAA